GGUGCCAACUCAUCCUCACAACUGGAGCGUGAGAUCAACGGGGAACCCCAUUCAGGGAACGAACACUAUUAUGGUCUAGUAAAUUUCGGGAACACUUGCUACUGCAAUUCCGUCAUACAAGCUUUGUACUUUUGUCGACCGUUUCGUGAAAAAAUUCUGCAGUAUAAGCAGCAGUUGAAGAAAUCAG